AUGGUUCGGAGAAAGAACCCGAAGAAUUUGACGCGGACGAUUAUGACUACGCUACUUGUAAUCCUACUGACGAUGUACUGUACUGAUGAGGAUUUUGUGGACAACAUUGACCACGAAACAUAUGGCUACGGCGAAAAUAAUGAUUUUGACAAUGAUUACAAUGAUUAUUCUGAUGCAGAUGAUGAUGUACACGCAUCCCCAGAUGAUGCGAUAUAUCAUAUAUUUUUUGAACAACUAAUCGAGGCACGAGAAAAAAGCGCCAAAAAAGAGCGUGAAUCACGAUUUAUUCCCUCAACACGACGUUAUCUUAAUGCGUUGUUUACGGUGCGCGAAAAAUCGAUCAACGGUACGAUCAUCAAGAAUUUGUUGUACCUGAUUAGGAAUAUUAUAUCGGGUCACAUCAGUGUAAAUGUUGCAGACAUCGACAAAGAAUUGAUGCGUGAACUUCUCAACAAAAACACGACGAAAGACGAAAUUCGUUUACACCUCAUAGAGGAUCGUAGAUUACACAUCUAUCUUCGUCGUGCGUUAAAGGUCGUGGAAGAAAGUAAAAAAAAUGGGCGACAAUGUGAAAAAACUAAUGAUGUUAGACAGCGAGAAAUACAACAAACUGGUGACAAUGUUACAACAAGUUACCCAACAACAAAACAUUCUGGCCGAUACCAACCGUACCCCGGCAGAAGCCGAGUUGUUGGAAAGUCACGGGGAUAUGGUAAAGUCUGUGAAAGAUAAAUCUGUCCGUGCUCCUGCAGACAUUGUUAAUUAUGUGAAAAAAACCCGUAAAUAUUUAGAAGAAAAACAGGCUACGCAACCUCCACCAGUGCCCGAUGCCGAUGGCAAUGAUGCUGCUGCUGCUGUUGCCGUAGGGACGGUUGCAUAUCAUCGGGCCCAAAUUGUUAAACAUUUUAAAAAUCGGCAAAUAAAACAAUCAGCGGGGGGUAAACUGCAACUUGGGGAAACGGUUACAAACAUAUCUUUUGACGAUCUUAUGAAAGAUCUCACACAUAAUUAUAAAAAGAAAAAACUGAAUCUGAAUGAUGCAGAGCAGCGUAAAGCCUUGUUGGCGCUACGACAUUCAGGAAUGCCUGCUAGUUAUAUUCGUAAUGACGUGCUGCAUGACAAAUACAGAAAUUUAUUACAGACCCCGCCACGACAACUACCGACACAACACGCACCACAACAGUCACCAACAGUCACCCCCCGGUUGUAUAAACCUGUAAAAAAACAGCGGGUAUUGGGCACACCCCGUUGGUAUAUGGGAUGA